UGAAAAACAGUUUGAACUCUCAGAACAAACAAAAUUGCCAAUGUUUCUUCACUGUCGAAACUCACAUGAUGAAUUCUUAGACAUAAUGAAAAGAAACAGAGAUCGAUGUGUAGGUGGGUGGUAAGUGCAUUCAUUUGAUGGUAGCAAGGAAGCAGCAGCUGCUUUGAUUGACUUGGAUCUCUAUGUAGGAUUUAAUGGUUGCUCACUGAAAACUGAGGCUAAUUUGGAAGUUUUGAAGUCAAUACCUAGUGAAAGACUAAUGAUUGAGACAGAUGCACCUUGGUGUGGAGUCAAAAGUACACAUGCUGGAUCAAAAUACGUAAAGACUUCAUUUCCCACCAAAAAGAAGUGGGAAAACAGGCACUGUUUGAAAGAUAGAAAUGAGCCCUGCCAUAUAAUUCAAAUACUGGAGAUAAUGUCAGCAGUAAGAGAUGAGGAUCCCCUGGAAUUAGCCAAUACACUGUAUAACAACACCAUGAAAAUAUUUUUUUCCUGACAUGUAACUGCUAUAUCUUCCAUUUUACAUCAUGUCUGUAAAAUUUCAUGGUAAAGUAUAUCAAAAGUUUUAAAAAAGGAAUCUGGAUUUAAAGACACGUUAUAUAUUGCUGUACACCAUCACCCUCAUUUUUAUCCAUAAAGUCAGAUCAGGAUUGUUUUAAUAUCACCACCUUUAAUGUCUUAGUUUAAAACAAUGAAAAACCCCCAAGUGUUUCAUCUUGUAAUCUCUUCAGAAGUCUAAAGGACAAUGUUAUGUCAGUGCUGCAAACACAGAACGGCUAACAAACAUACUGAUUUUUACAUCAAAAUUACACAAUUAGCACAUUCUGGUUUAUACCAAAGUUUACUCACACAAUCUCUGAAUCAUGACUUUCGAAGCCGGCUCAAUUACAGUGCUACUCUCAAAUUUCAAAAAAGUGUCUCAAUCAUUUCUGGCAGACUUUUUUCCUGAGUUGUAAAAUACUUCAUGUAUAGCCUUUAUCCUUUGGUCCAAAUUAUUUUAUUUCCUUGAUUUAAUGCAGUUUCCUCUGAGAAGCAUUU